UCGAAGUGUCCACGAGGUGUUCUAUUCACCCCACCUAUCGAUCUAAACAAGAUUCACAUCGAUGAGGGUAUUCCCCUCUACAGCUUUGACUUUGACACGGAUAAUAAUCGUUUAACGCACAAGAAAACGUGCGCAAAAUGAUUAAUAAAACGUUAUGAUUAAUAAAAAAAUUCUGAAAAACGAACUUUUAUUGUUAGAUGUACCCAAAAUAGCUCAAAAUCUAAUAUAGCUUUUUUUUUCUUUUAUUUCUAGGCUAAAAUGUGGCAGCUUGAAAAAAUAAAGGAACAAAAACGUUUCGAAUUCCUCGAAAUCGAGCGUCAAAACGAUUUGAUGCAAAAACAAGAAUUGGAGUUGGCUAAUGCGAUGAAAAUCGACAAGAAAAAAUUAUUAGAAGAUAUAACGGAACAACAAAAUAAAUUAGAUCACCAAUUAAUAAAGAUUCAUAAUGAAAGAGAAAUCGAUCGGUUUCGUUUAAUGGAACAACUCCACGAUGUCGAAGAAAACGCAGAUGUUGCAAUAAAUAAAUUAUUAACGUCUAACCGAGAACCAUUGGCGUAUCUUAUAGAACAAGAACAAGUUUUCGAGGAAAAAAUGUUACAAGCAGCUCUAGAAUCCAACAGCCAAUUGUUGUGCAAACAAGAUAUUUUAAGUGCCAUGCAAGAACUUAUCGAAUAUGAAACUGCCAAAUUCCAAGAGUUUUCUAGUAACAAAAACGAAAUUACUCGUAGUAUUUUAGAAGAGGAAUUGAAAAACAAUCAACAUUUAACGGAUUUAUUGGAAUCGCAAAAUUUAAGACAAUCAGAAUUAGUUGACACCUUACAAAACGAUAGCGAAUUACAAAAAGCAGCCGUUGGGACUUUAUUGGAGAAAAGCGAUGCGAGAAUUUGGGGUUUGGUACAACAAGUUCGUCUGGUUGAGUCUCAAUUGGCCGCUUUAACUUCAAUUGAAUUAGAUAGAAAGAAAUUAAAAAUUGACAAACAAAUUGUAAGUUUAUUAAAAGUAAGGAUGGGAAUAUCUAAAAGGACUACUACAUCUUUUGUAAUCCAGCACAUAAAUAUAAACAUUCGAUAUUAUUGGCAGGCAAUAAUAACAUUACUAAUAAAUUUUAAUAUUAAAAAACAGAUAAAUAAAAACCUAAAAUAUACCUAUAAAAACUCGAAACUUUCUAGUUCUAAGAGUAGAACUAACACUAGAAACAUUCGGCUUUUCAGUCCUUUGACAGUUCUUGGAAAGUUUCAAAAUCCUUGACGUUUCUUGGAAAUUAUCAGGAAAUGCAUGGAAAUAUGUUAAAAACCUUGUAGA